CGGGCAACUACGUAGAGCUGGUAAAGUGGAAUGUAUUUACCCCGCCUCUUUCUAACAACUUUCUAUCGGUGUUCCUUUUCAAACCCCACUCGUUAUCUAUUUCUUCACAUCCAUCACAUUUAAUAAUUGAGACACCAUUAACAAUACACUGACACACAUAGGACUAGCACCGCCUAUUAUUACCUGAUCGCACAUAGUGUUUUUGAUGGUAGUCAUGCCUCGCAAGAAGAAACAGCAUCAGACUCGACUCACGUUCGAGCCUAUCGACGUUUUCGAGUCUCCGAAUAGAGCGUCGCCCGCUAACGUACGCUUCACUAAAAGUGUGGCUGCGAGCGGCAGCUCAAGUCGUGCAUCAUCACAACAAGCAACUCUCGCCCCGAGCCGUUCAGGCUCCUCCCAAAAGUCGCCACUGUCGUCAAUGACAUUGCCCAAAGCUGGUUUCAUGACAAAAUCUCGGGGUUUCAAACACCCCACCAUCAACACUGACUCUGCUAAUGAUUCUGUCGGUGAAUUUGAAGAAGAGGAAGAUGCGUUUCCGGAGUCAUCUCAGUCGAUUUCAACCAUGCUUCGUCAAACAGGCUUUAAGGCCGAGGAUGCUACUAUUGCUUAUAAUGGUAAUGACGACCACGACAUCGACCACGGUGACGAUGGCGAUGACGAUGACGAUGAUGAUGAGCCUAUAAUACCACCUAGCACGAGGAAACGUGCACGUCCAAAGUUUAUUGAACUAGAAGAUUCUAGUGACGAGGCCACCUCGCCCGCCAAAAGGAGUAAGACUUCACAAGUGAUCCCUGACCGAAUCAAGAAGUCAGCAUCGAGUGCUUCUUCCUCUACUAAACGUCCUCCGCUUAAAGGCCAUCGCACGGAGAAACAAAAGAAAAUAGAACUUCUUCGCCGUCGACGAGCUGGAGAGAAGAUCGAUAGAGUCACAUCAUCGGAAGACUCUGAAGAAGAGAAACGCGGUAUAUAUGAUAGUGACUCAGAGGACGAAUUUGGUGUCCUCAAAGAGUUUGAUGACGAAGAAGAAUCAGACAAGGAGCAAGUUGAGGCGCCUAUUCAAAUCCGCAAAUCAACUAAGAAACAUAUGAAAGAUAGCCCAAAGGGAAGCGAGGACGAAGAAGAUGACGGCGACCUUGACGAUUUUGUCGUCGAUGAUGAUGAUGCUCCUUUUGGAGCACCUGCUACGCUCGAUAUCCCCCUCGAGUUUACGGCUCAAGCACAUAGGCCUCUUAAAGAGCAAUUUCCUUAUGUCAUCGAGUGGCUUGUCCGCAAUCGAAUUGACCCUGCAUUCGAUCGGAACGACCCAGUUUACGCAAAUGCCUGGCGUAAACUCAACGAUGAGGUCCAAGGUCUCGCGUCGUCCAAAUUCGCGUCGUCGGCUUGGAGGCCUGAAUUUCAUCGAGCGUUGAAAGUCAGACCGAAUGUCUUGUCUCUUCCGAUGGGACCCGCCGAGAGACGCCUUUAUGAUGUUUGUGAAGCCUGUGGUCGAGGCGACCGUCAGCCUACCCGGGUGAUCACUUUCUCAGGCCAUCCUUACUACAAAGACACACUAAGUGAAAUAGAGUCAGAUUCGGAUGAGAACGAGGGCGAUACGAGCGACAAUGGGUCUAUUGAUUCUCAGGGCAUGGCCUUGCCUGCCGUAACGAAGAAGUGGCACGUUGGCAUCGUAUGCUGUACCAAUGCCGAAACGGCGCAUAGCUUGAUUCACUGGAAACAUGCACUGAAGGAAUGGGUAGAAGAACGGCUACAACUAGAAGGGUGGAUGAACGCGGACAAACUUGAAGAGCGGGAGCGUAUGAGGGGCGGGAAACGUCUCAAGCUUGCCAAUAAAAUCAUCGACGGCUGGCGCGAAGAGAAAAUUGUCAAAUCACUUUAUCGUGACUUUAAGACAACUUUGGAGGAUGCUCGCAAGAAGUCGACAGGGAGACAUCGGCACCGUAAUCCAUGGGGUCUUUAAGCAUAUACAUGCUUACCAGGAUGCAUCUUUCUAGCUACUCGAGUUGGGCUCUACGUCUACGAGUCAUAGUGGAUAGCUAAUUGGUGUGGAUUUAUAUCAUGAGUUCUGUAUGGGGCUGGUAUGCCAAAGAGAAUCGGGAAUCGCUCA